GUCACACGCGACACUAUCACAUCGAGAGUUACCCCACGGUACUGUUCGCCUAUUUUCUCCAUUCCAAUUUCGUUUUGUUUUCUUACUAGCAAUUUAGACCCGUACAAGCCGGGGCUGCAAAUUGGUUACCAGAGGACUAUUGACGAAGAGACGUUUUCAUUUUGUGUUCUAAGGACAUAAAUUGUGUUUAUGCUGAGUGUAAAGAUUUUUUCUUAUUGUAGUAUUCAGCACCACUAACUCGAGGUCCAUGAUAUUUUGUGAUAAACGCAACUAAAUACCAACUGAUAGUUUAACAACAAAAUCAAGAGAUGCUUCUAAGUCUUGCCGAUCCCGAAAGUCCAUCUUUCGACCACAACAAUCACAGCCUGGACAGUUUUGACCGUUAUGCGUCUGACAUGGAGGCCAUGUCCGUCAGCACCGAUGACCAGUCUGCGUCGGACGCCCAGGAAAAUAACAAUCUGAUGGCUCAACAGGAUAGGUGCAUGUCCAAGCUUAUGGCGCCCUUGGACAGUGGCGCCCCGCCAAAGAAAAAAAGAAUAAGGAAAACAAGAGCUAAAGCUAAAAGCCCAGAGUUGAUCCAAAAGUUAAAAACCAGCAGACGUCAAAGAGCAAACGAUAGAGAACGGAACCGGAUGCACGGUCUGAACGAGGCUCUGGAAGUGCUCCGCACCACCCUGCCUAACUCUUCUGACGCCAAGAUGACCAAGAUCGAGACCCUUCGCUACGCCUGCAACUACAUCAGCGCCCUGGCAGCCAGCGUCAAGCUCCUGGAGCAGUCCAAGGACAAACAUGAUUUCAGCGAGCUGCCCAACCCUGACGACUACGCGUUCAUGUUCAACUUCCAGUACAGCAACGACAGCCAGCAGGAGCUCAGCCCUUCGCCUUUGUCCAGAACCGGCAUCUCACCCGGUGACGUCACGUUCAACUCUGGUCCUCUGGACAACAGCCCGCCUUAUGCCGCCCAGUCACAGAUUAGCAAUGGCUACGGGUGUAUGGACUCGCCAAAGGAUAACUUUCUAGAACAUUCCGGCUAUCAUCUCCUAAGCAACCACCACCAGCUCGACCAGCAUCAAGAAAACCUCAAAACAUUUUCCCAAUGCUCGUUCUUUCUCGACAACCAGAACAUGAACCACGGCGACAGCAAGUUGCACAUCAACUCCAGCGACUCUUUGUAUGAAAGCUCGUUUACCUUCCCCAGCAAAAUGUCCCUGACGUACGCCACGCCCCCUACGUCUCCGGGCCUGAUGAAAAACAACGUUCACUCGUAUUCAGGGCACCCGAGAUCCAUGCUGCCCCCCACGACGUCCACGCCACCUCACUCCAGCUACAUCGUCCACCAGACAGAGCCUCGUUUCGGGCAAGGUCCAGUGCCCACUUACUCCCCGUCCCAAUUACAAAUGUCAUUCUUAUGACACUGACAUUUAAACAAGCGAUGAAACCUGAGGUUCGUGGAACAGCCUAAACCUAUAAACCUUUUAGGUUGUGAACUUUUCCGUAAGUGAACUCUGACAGAACUACAAAUAAACGCUGUGCUGAAAAUUGGUUAUCACCCUUGAGUUAAGUAUGAUGUCUGCUGUUUCACAGAUUCACAAACUUUCCAAACUCAUUACAUUUCAGACUCACGGUUUUGAGGAGCCUCUUCUGUAUCUAGUGAUAAAAGAUACAGCUUUUGGUCAUAGUAUUUUUUUUCAAUGUUUGUUGUCUCUAGUAUUAUAGUGCCCCAACAAAAACCUCACGUAGCAAAUUAUUGAAGUAGUAUAAUAUACAUACAAAUGUAUUCCAAGCAAUUCAUUAAUUGUUGAAAACUAUGUAUAAGUUACAUAAAAGUUGAGAUGCCUUAAGGGGCGAAACUGCAACAUCAAACUAUGAAAAGCACAAUACAAUGUAUUUAUUACAAAUAUUUUAUUAUUUGGUUGUUAGUUGGUAGAGUUUAACUAGUAUUUUCACCAUUCAUUAUUUUUAUAAUAAUGAUAGACUCUAUUUUAAAAAUAUAACAAAUAGACAAAUUAAUCUUUGACUUACUAAGAAAACUUACAACAUUCCUAAAUUAUAUCAUUCCAAAAAUUACUGUGCCUUUUAAAAGUAGACAAUUUCAGUUUACAAAUAAUGGCAGAUAUACUUAUCCUCCGCUUUACAUUCUCCGAUAAUGUCCCAACUAUGCAUCACGCUUGCAGUUUAUACAAUGUACAGCACAGCAUAAUGUAUUUAUAAUUUAUUGUCACUAUGAUUCCUCUAUUUAUUUAUUGCGAAACUGUAUUUGUACUUUUUAUAUACUCUAUUCUUGAACUGCCUUUAGUGAAUGCUGCAUAAUAUUGUAUUUAUAUACAGGCAUAAUGUGACAAUGUCCAUUCAAUAUGUUCCUUAUAUUUCUCAUUUAUAUUGUUAAUACCUCGACGUCCAUUCCAAUAAUUGCGUAUUGCCUUCUAUAUAACCCAAACCUGGAUGCUGAUGUACAGACAGAAGCGAUGCACGGGUUCCUGUCCGAUUACAGCUCGAAUAGCCGAUGGCAUGACCAGCCAGCCAUCGAGUAAAACAAAUGAAACCAUAUUUGCCUUAACUUGCAUACUGCCAGAUUUUUUAGAAGUGAAACUGUUGUGUUAUUUGUAUUACAUGCCUGCCCAAUUGUGGCCUUGGUCGAAAUGUUUUUAGCUGUUAUGUAGACAAUUGUGUUAUGGUUGUCUUGGAACUUAGUGACUAUCUCUACUGGACUUCUCAAAGCCAACCCAAAUGCAUGUACAGCCAACCAGCCACACCAGACGCUAUGAAUUUAACGUAACCACAUUUUACAUUAUAGGACUCAUCAGUAUCUCAUACAUUACACAACCUACAUAGUUGCCUUUUCAUACCUUGCGAUCUAUAAGCCAGAUGAUGUUAAGGUCAUGUGUUUCUUUGGCCAACGGUUAACGAGCAGGGUGUCACAAGGAUCAACCGCAUUUACUUUCCCCAAUUAAAGUUGGGUACCCAUUAGAGUUGGGCGGACUCAGGGGCGCCCUAAAAAUCCCGAAAUUCAAAAUCCCAGUCUUCACCAGGAUUCAAACCCACGACCUCAGGUUCGGAAGCCACAGCGCCCCAACAGCUAACAUACUUCAAACAGGCUACAAACAUCGUACAGCCAACACAAGGCAUCACACAUCAUACAGCUGAUGAAGUAUAUCA